AUGGGAAAUAGUGUAUCCAAAAAGAAGCGUAAUCAACAGCAGAGGGGAAUGGUGGGUCCUCCACCCCUUUACAGUAAUCCAUCACAACCGCCACACCAUACAACCACCAACGACAACGAAUACAGCACCAACACUGCUCAUUCAUCCAAUUCCAUUCUCAUCAACUCUCCAACGCGGCAGCAAUUCGGCAGUGGUGAUUCAGCAUUAGCUCAUCUCAACCCAGAGUAUUCAAGCAAUCGCCCAAGGGACUCGUUUGAAGAGGAAAAGGCGGGGUAUGCAAGAGGAACAGCACCUAACAAACCGCCAAUGUCACAAGCAGAAUACAAUGCAAUGUAUCAACAAGGAGGAGGGCAACAACAACAACAUCCUCAUCCACACCAGCAUAAACACUUAUCAGCAUCAUCUGAUUAUUGGCCACCGGUUGCUUCAACGGCCGUCGAGGACAAUCAGCUGACUAUCAAUUCGAUGAAUCAAUUGACCGUGAAUAGCAUGAAAGGGAUGCCACUGCAGAUUGAUGAUUGCAUUCGUCGCCUUAUUGAAGUCGGCUAUUCCAACAAAACUCCCAAGCAAUUGUGCUUAAGAGCAUCUGAAGUCGUCACCAUUUGUCGUAUGGCCAUGGAUAUCUUUAUGAGUCAACCUACCCUAUUGGAGUUGUCGCCACCCGUCAAGAUUGUUGGUGAUACGCAUGGUCAAUUCACCGACUUGAUCCGGCUGUUCGAGAUGGGCGGCUUUCCUCCGAGCAGCAACUAUCUUUUCUUGGGCGAUUACGUGGACCGAGGAAAACAAAGUUUAGAAACCAUGUUACUGUUGCUCUGUUACAAGAUCAAGUACCCAGAAAACUUUUUCAUCUUGAGAGGAAACCAUGAGUGUGCUAAUGUAACCAAAGUGUAUGGAUUCUAUGAUGAAUGCAAACGACGCUUGAGCCCCAAGAUAUGGAAGACAUUUGUGGACAUGUUCAACACAUUACCGAUUGCGGCAUUGGUUGCCAACAAGAUCUUUUGUGUCCAUGGGGGUUUAUCGCCUUCGUUGCACAGUAUGGAUGAGAUCCGCAGCAUUGAGCGACCGACCGAUGUACCAGAUUAUGGCUUAUUGAAUGAUUUACUAUGGUCCGAUCCUACCGAAACCACCGAUGAAUGGGAAGAAAAUGAACGUGGCGUUUCGUACUGCUUUGGGCGUAAGGUUAUUGAGGAAUUCCUCGCUCGGUUCGAUCUAGAUCUUGUGUGUAGAGCACACAUGGUUGUGGAAGAUGGAUAUCAAUUCUUUGAAGGAAAGUCACUCGUAACGGUCUUCUCAGCACCCAACUAUUGUGGCGAAUUCGAUAACUUUGGUGCUCUCAUGAGUGUGAGCGAGGAAUUACUAUGCAGCUUUGAAUUAUUGACCCCGGCUGAUCAUCCCAUGGCCAACCAAUACAGCAACAGGCCACCUGCAUCAUAA